GGCAGCCGCGCAGCCCAUAUCAAAUUGGCAAGUGGGAUUACUUGAUCAAUCUAUGCAUAUAAUAGAUACACUCAGUUAUGUUUGUUCAUUAACCAAAAUGAUGAAAUUAUAUCAAUUUGAAUUUUUCUUAUUCCUUCUUAUCAUUGUCAAUACAACCCUUUCCAGUUCUUUCCCUACACUCUCUCAAUUUGCGAAACCAUUGGAGUAUAUUAAGAAAACAACGGAAGCUGCUGACUAUAUAUGGGAUAAGAAAAUAAAGAAGUUGGUCGAGGACUUAAAAGACAAGAACUUGAAAAAUAUCAAACCGUCCCUUCCAUCACAAUUACCAAAAUACAAAGGUGUAGAUCAAAUCAAACAAUAUUUGUCCGAUUUCGGCUACCUCGAACAAUCUGGGCCGUUCAAUAACACUCUAGACCAAGAAACAGUCUUAGCCCUUAAGACCUACCAACGAUAUUUCAAUAUCCAACAAGAUACUCUCAGCGAAAUUCUCCAACAUAUAGCAUUACCACGAUGCGGUGUUCCUGAUAGGAUUUUGAAGUACAACUUAACCAAUGAUAUAUCUUUUCCGAAAGGAAACCAAUGGUUUCCUAAGGGAACGAAAAAUCUUACCUACGGUUUUGAUCCCAGGAAUAAAAUCCCACUCGACAUGACCAACGUGUUUAGAACAGCCUUGACACAAUGGUCGAACACCACUAGGGUCUUAAAUUUUACAGAGACGAAAUCAUACGAUGAUGCUAACAUUAAGAUUGGAUUCUACAAUAUAACUGACGAUGAUGGGAUCAACGAUGUUGCCGUGGGUUUCACUUUUAUCGUACUUGAUUCAACGAAUGUGAAGUCGGGUUUUAUAACUCUGGACGCUACAAAGUACUGGGCGUUGCCAACUGAGCACAGAGGAUUUGAUUUGGAGACGGCCGCGAUGCAUCAGAUAGGUCAUCUGCUAGGACUUGAACAUUCUUCUGAUAACAAGUCUAUCAUGUAUCCAACUAUAUUGCCAUCACAUCAAAAGAAUGUGCAGAUAACAGAUUCUGAUAACUUAGCAAUCCAAAAACUCUAUUCCAGCUCUACUAAAGCCAAUGCAAACUCAGAUGAUAGUAGUGGGUGCUUUAAACUUUUUGGGUCUAGUUCUAGCCUCUUAAUCUCUUUGUCCAUUGUAUUUGCUUUUGUGGCUCUGUUGAACUAGCAUUUAAAUUAUAUCCUUUGAUUAAGAGUCUCUUUUUUACAUAAGUUAAAUAAUUAAUGUGUAAUCAAUUACACAUUUGGGAAAAAUAUUUGUAUUGUGGUUUAAUGAUAAAUAAAAUUUUUACUUUUUGUUA